UAAUAAUAAUACAUUUAUUAUUUCACUCUGAUCUUAUUAUUAUUAUUAUUGCAUUUAUUAUUACUUGUAUUAUUUUCCUGUAUUUAUUAUUAUUAUUAUUACAUGUAUUAUCUUACUCUAUUAUUAUUAACAGAAUGCAUAAGCACAUUUAGAUUGAAGAAGAUGAGAAUAAUAAUUUGAUCAGAGUUGGACAGUCUUAUCUUAAAUCAGUAGGUCAAAAACAUUGAAUCUACUGAUGCCUCAAUUCAUGUAAUUUUAUUGGUAUCUAUUUUUAUUUCUGAAAUUUACCACCCUCGGCUUAUACUGGAGUCAAUGUUUUCCCAGUUUUUUCAUGGUAAAAUUAGAUGCCUCGGCUUAUAUUCGGGUCGGCUUAUACUCAAGUAUUAGACAUGUCCAAAAAAUCGUUUUGAAUCGUAUAUCGGAAUUAUUUCGGAUUGUUCUCACUUUUUGAUACGCAUUCCGAGACAUUGUCUCACAACGCAACCAGCAAUGUAAUUCGAACCAUUGUUGGCCCAUUCUCUAAUUGUCUCUUAAUGUUUCGUUAAUUCCCCCCCCCCAAAAAAAUUAAAAAAAUAUAUUUUAAAAAAUAUUUUUUAAAAAAUUUGUUUCUGCAACCUACCUUGAAUGGGAGCUUAGCGCAGCCUAACAUGGCUGCCGCUCCCCGGCCAAUCAGAAGCUUCCACGAUGGACGCAAAGGUGGGGGCUAACGUCCUCUGCGUCCACAUGGAAGAUUGCCAUACAAUGCCGGUGUGUAGCAAUUGCGCCAUUUUAGAAACAUUUAGAAUCAUUACGAAAUUUUGGAAAUAUCCGAAAUUUUGGGGUGAAAAAAUCGGAAAUACUUUCUAUAUCGAAGCGCCAGUGCCCCCUACUUUAGAAACGAGAAUUGAAACUUUUUUUCAUCGACCGGACAUGCCUAUCGAGUAUAUACAGUAAAUGAACGAGAAGUCAGCCUUCUGUCCUCCCGUGUUGACAAAGAUCCAAUAUUCGCAGCGGGAUCAGAGUGCAUACUUUCCUCGCACAAAAAACGCCUUGGGAAAACGGUGCCCGGAGUCUCAACCCACCUUCUCGGUGUCGUCUGCCAAUUUAAUUACAUCUGGGAAUUGGCAUGGCACAAGCACUGUACAAGGGUAUGCUCUGGCACAAAAAAAAUUUUCCAACCAGAGUCUCCCCAUCUGUAUCCCCACAAGACAGUUCCCUGUUGCGAAGCCAAUUCACCGGAGCCAAAGCCAGUCACACUUUGUUGCGAGGACAUCAGAAGGGGACAGGAUUUGGAGUCACCCGAAAUCCGGCUCGGCUGUUAAGUAACCAUGGCCGCUUUGACUGGCAGCCAGAAACAAGCUGCUCCGUAGCCAAGGCUCAGGCCAGCUGGGUUUUCUUUCGCUCCUGUGUUUCUCGUUACCUGAAGAUUUCCUGCCAUUUGUUUACGAGAAGCUGCAAAUGCAAACAGUUAAGCCAAGAAAGAAAGCUUCCUGCCAAGAUAGGCUUGCAAGGCGUGGAAUUUCUCCGCCCUACUCCUCUGUUGGCAGCCAAACUACUUAAGUGAGUGAGUCACUCUCUUACUCUCACCAUCCAGGAUUGAAUUUUACGCUGUAAGCUUCUGGAGGUAAAUUUCCCCCGCAUUGGAGAUGUGGGAUGCCAAGUCCUCCAGAAACCGCCCAGUAAAGACUUUCUGUAUAUAAUUCAGAUUUCAAUAUUAAUGUCAGAAAUACCUAGUAUGCCACACAGAGCCCCCAUGACCAACUGUACAUCCUGGUGUGGUUUGGAAGAGCUUGGACCAAGGAUGAUGGGACUUGCAGUAUCUUCACUCACUUGCUGAGACCACUGUGACCCUCACCAAUGUCUGAUCAAGACCAAACUUGGCACACAGAGCCCCCAUGACCCACUACACAUCCUGGUGUGGUUUGGAAGAGCUUGGACCAAGGAUGAUGGGACUUGCAGUAUCUUCAUUCACUUGCUGAGACCACUGUGACCCUCACCAAUGUCUGAUCAAGACCAAACUUGGCACACAGAGCCCCCAUGACCCACUACACAUCCUGGUGUGGUUUGGAAGAGCUUGGACCAAGGAUGAUGGGACUUGCAGUAUCUUCACUCACUUGCUGAGACCACUGUGACCCUCACCAAUGUCUGAUCAAGACCAAACUUGGCACACAGAGCCCCCAUGACCCACUCUACGUCCUGGUGCUGUUUGGAAGAGCUUGGACCAAGGAUGAUGGGACUUACAGUAUCUUCACUCACUUGCUGAGACCACUGUGACCCUCACCAAUGUCUGAUCAAGACCAAACUUGGCACACAGAGGCCCCAUGACCCACUCUACGUCCUGGUGCUGUUUGGAAGAGCUUGGACCAAGGAUGAUGGGACUUACAGUAUCUUCACUCACUUCCUGAGACCACUGUGACCCUCACCAAUGUCUGAUCAAGACCAAACUUGGCACACAGAGCCCCCAUGACCCACUACACAUCCUGGUGCGGUUUGGAGGAGGAUGUACAAUGGACAAUGGGUCUUGCAAUACCUUUACUCAUUUCCUGAGAGCACCUCGAGUUCCACCAAUGACAAAGCAGGACCAAACUUGGCACACAGAGCCCCCAUGACCCACUCUACAUCCUGCCGCUGUUCGGAAGAAUUUGGACCAUGGAUGAUGGGACUUGCACUAUCUCCACUCACUUGCUUACAUCUAUGGUGUGUAUACUCAGAGACCACUACGACCCUCACCAAAGACUGUUUGGAAGAAUUUGGACCAUGAAUGAUGGGACUUACACUACCUCCACUCACUUGCUUACAUCUAUGGUGGGCAUACUCAGAGACCACUACGACCCUCACCAAAGACUGUUUGGAAGAAUUUGGACCAUGAAUGAUGGGACUUACACUACCUCCACUCACUUGCUUACAUCUAUGGUGGGCAUACUCAGAGACCACUACGACCCUCACCAAAGAUUGUUUGGAAGAAUUUGGACCAUGAAUGAUGGGACUUACACUACCUCCACUCACUUGCUUACAUCUAUGGUGGGCAUACUCAGAGACCACUACGACCCUCACCAAAGAUUGUUUGGAAGAAUUUGGACCAUGAAUGAUGGGACUUGCACUAUCUCCACUCACUUGCUUACAUCUAUGGUGGGCAUACUCAGAGACCACUACGACCCUCACCAAAGAUUGUUUGGAAGAAUUUGGACCAUGAAUGAUGGGACUUACACUACCUCCACUCACUUGCUUACAUCUAUGGUGGGCAUACUCAGAGACCACUACGACCCUCACCAAAGACUGUUUGGAAGAAUUUGGACCAUGAAUGAUGGGACUUGCACCUUCACUCACUUGCCUACAUCUAUGGUGGGCAUACUCAGAGACCACUACGACCCUCACCAAAGACUGUUUGGAAGAAUUUGGACCAUGAAUGAUGGGACUUACACUACCUCCACUCACUUGCUUACAUCUAUGGUGUGUAUACUCAGAGACCACUACGACCCUCACCAAAGAUUGUUUGGAAGAAUUUGGACCAUGAAUGAUGGUACUUACACUACCUCCACUCACUUGCUUACAUCUAUGGUGUGUAUACUCAGAGACCACUACGACCCUCACCAAAGACUGUUUGGAAGAAUUUGGACCGUGAAUGAUGGGACUUACACUACCUCCACUCACUUGCUUACAUCUAUGGUGUGUAUACUCAGAGACCACUACGACCCUCACCAAAGACUGUUUGGAAGAAUUUGGACCAUGAAUGAUGGGACUUGCACCUUCACUCACUUGCCUACAUCUAUGGUGGGCAUACUCAGAGACCACUACGACCCUCACCAAAGAUUGUUUGGAAGAAUUUGGACCAUGAAUGAUGGGACUUACACUACCUCCACUCACUUGCUUACAUCUAUGGUGUGUAUACUCAGAGACCACUACGACCCUCACCAAAGACUGUUUGGAAGAAUUUGGACCGUGAAUGAUGGGACUUACACUACCUCCACUCACUUGCUUACAUCUAUGGUGUGUAUACUCAGAGACCACUACGACCCUCACCAAAGACUGUUUGGAAGAAUUUGGACCAUGAAUGAUGGGACUUGCACCUUCACUCACUUGCCUACAUCUAUGGUGGGCAUACUCAGAGACCACUACGACCCUCACCAAAGACUGUUUGGAAGAAUUUGGACCAUGAAUGAUGGGACUUACACUAUCUCCACUCACUUGCUUACAUCUAUGGCGGGCAUACUCAGAGACCACUACGACCCUCACCAAAGAUUGUUUGGAAGAAUUUGGACCAUGAAUGAUGGGACUUGCACCUUCACUCACUUGCCUACAUCUAUGGUGGGCAUACUCAGAGACCACUACGACCCUCACCAAAGACUGUUUGGAAGAAUUUGGACCAUGAAUGAUGGGACUUACACUACCUCCACUCACUUGCUUACAUCUAUGGUGUGUAUACUCAGAGACCACUACGACCCUCACCAAAGAUUGUUUGGAAGAAUUUGGACCAUGAAUGAUGGGACUUACACUACCUCCACUCACUUGCUUACAUCUAUGGUGUGUAUACUCAGAGACCACUACGACCCUCACCAAAGACUGUUUUGAAGAAUUUGGACCAUGAAUGAUGGGACUUGCACCUUCACUCACUUGCCUACAUCUAUGGUGGGCAUACUCAGAGACCACUACGACCCUCACCAAAGACUGUUUGGAAGAAUUUGGACCAUGAAUGAUGGGACUUACACUAUCUCCACUCACUUGCUUACAUCUAUGGUGUGUAUACUCAGAGACCACUACGACCCUCACCAAAGACUGUUUGGAAGAAUUUGGACCAUGAAUGAUGGGACUUACACUACCUCCACUCACUUGCUUACAUCUAUGGUGUGUAUACUCAGAGACCACUACGACCCUCACCAAAGACUGUUUGGAAGAAUUUGGACCAUGAAUGAUGGGACUUACACUACCUCCACUCACUUGCUUACAUCUAUGGUGUGUAUACUCAGAGACCACUACGACCCUCACCAAAGACUGUUUGGAAGAAUUUGGACCAUGAAUGAUGGGACUUACACUACCUCCACUCACUUGCUUACAUCUAUGGUGUGUAUACUCAGAGACCACUACGACCCUCACCAAAGACUGUUUGGAAGAAUUUGGACCAUGAAUGAUGGGACUUACACUACCUCCACUCACUUGCUUACAUCUAUGGUGUGUAUACUCAGAGACCACUACGACCCUCACCAAAGACUGUUUGGAAGAAUUUGGACCGUGAAUGAUGGGACUUACACUACCUUCACUCACUUGCCUACAUCUAUGGCAUGUAUACUCAGAGAUCACUACGACCCCCAUCAAAGACUGAUCAAGGCCAAACUUGGCACACAGAGCCCCAAUGACCUACUCUACACUUUGGUACUGUUUUGGGCGGCAUGGACCAUGGACAAUGGGAGUUGUAGUUCACCCACACCCACUGAACCUAGCUGACAUUGGCUCUAGACUACACUUGCAACACAGGCAAACAAGGUCUUGCUCAAAUAACCCGGGCACCGCCGGGUCCGUAAGCUAGUAUUAAAUAACCAAAAAAUAAAUAAGGCGUAAACACUAAACUAAUCUGGGAAUCUGCUAUUGCAACACAUAUAAUGAAGUGGUUUCAAACUGGUAUAAAAAAAGAUUAGGACUAAGUACGUUCAGGUUUACUCGGAAUACAGAAGCGUGUUUCAGAACUGGUCCAAGAGUCCAGAAGAGCUUUGACUCCCAGAAGCAUCACAACGAUCGAUUCACGAUGCAAACCCAACCCACUUGCUGCGGAUCGUGUCUGUGUGCGCUCUUCCAACAUGAUUUUUCUUAGAGAGGAGUUCAGGAAAGUAGGUUUGUCUACUGGUUUCGACAGAUUGCAGAGCCCCCGCUGGAACGACAGGCCCCCCAGCAGGGCCGUAGCCAGAAAAAAAUUUCGGGAGGGGUUUUGAAAAUUUCGGGGGGGGGGGGGUUGAACCCCUAGCACACACCUCUCCCCGCUACAAACCUAUCAAUAUCUGCUUGAAAUAGUGCCUGGAGGGACUCUUAAUGUUUUGCGUCUCAUAGACUUAGCAUGGGGAUUUGGUUAACCAGUUAAAAUUCAUGAGUAAACCAGGUUUUUUUUAUAACCUGAAAAAUUUCGGGGGGGAUUUGAACCCCUAAAACCACCCCCUCGCUACAGGCCUGCCCCCCAGGGACUCAACCAGAAGAGCCCAGAAGCAACAACAGCUUGCCGUUCCCUGGCUUCUCUUUAGCAACUCCCGAAGUAUUCCUUGGAACGCUGAUUUGCACCAGCACUUCCCUGCUGAUGCAAGCCUGCGACUGAUAUUGCGACUGAUAUUGCUUUAUAAUUGCAGCACUCCUGUCUCGUUCGCGUCUCUCGUUUAGAGGCUUCGCGCAGCAAAAAGCUCGAGGGACAUGUUUGUUGCUGAAAUUCUUGGCUUUGGCAGAUUUAAUGGUCAGUCACGACCGCGCUGCCUUGGACCUUGUCCCUUCCCUCCGCGACUCGGGAACAGCACUGUGAGAGUGUGUGUGUGCGACAUUGCAACAGGGAUUUUUACGAGGGCCCUGACACUUCAUUAAGAUCGAGAAUAAAACGAGGCGCUUGUCCCACCAUCUCAUUACCAUUUUCCACUCACAGCCAAAACAGUGUUCAGGGUCAAGUGGAGACAAUGAUAGUUUUCCCCAAAACUAGACACUGAAGCAGUUUAGAACAAUGUGUUGUCGAAGGCUUUCGUGGCCGGAAUCACUGGGGUGCUGUGAGUUUUCUGGGCUGUAUGGCCAUGUUCCAGAAGCAUUCUCUCCUGACGUUUCGCCCACAUCUAUGGCAGGCAUCCCCAGAGGUUGUGAUGUGUUGUCGAAGGCUUUCGUGGCCGGAAUCACUGGGUUGCUGUGAGUUUUCCGGGCUGUAUGGCCAUGUUCCAGAAGCAUUCUCUCCUGACGUUUCGCCCACAUCUAUGGCAGGCAUCCCCAGAGGUUGUGAGGUGUUGUUGAAGGCUUUCGUGGCCGGAAUCACUGGGUUGCUGUGGGUUUUCUGGGCUGUCUGGCCAUGUUCCAGAAGCAUUCUCUCCUGACGUUUCGCCCACAUCUAUGGCAGGCAUCCUCAGAGGUUGUGAAGUGUGAUGUGUUGUCGAAGGCUUUCGUGGCCGGAAUCACUGGGUUGCUGUGAGUUUUCCGGGCUGUAUGGCCAUGUUCCAGAAGCAUUCUCUCCUGACGUUUCACCCACAUCUAUGGCAGGCAUCCUCAGAGGUUGUGAGGUCUGUUGGAAACUAGGCAAGUGGGGUUUAUAUGCAAAAGUAUACAAAAGAUUUGAAAACAAAUCAAUAUAAAGGGUAUAAAAAUACAAUAUAUAAUAGGGGUUUAAUGUGGAAAGGUAACGGCGCUCCAUGCAGUCAUGCCAGUGGCCACAUGACCUUCGAGGUGUCUACGGACAAUGCCGGCUCUUUGGCUUAGAAAUGGAGAUGGGCACCAACCCCCAGAGUGUGAGUAGAGUAAUAGGUACUGCUCCGGCGGUGAGGUAACGGCGCUCCAUGCAGUCAUACCAAUGGCCACAUGACCUUGGAGGUGUCUAUGGACAACGCCGGCUCUUCGGCUUAGAAAUGGAGAUGGGCACCAAUCCCCAGAGUGUGAGUAGAGUAAUAGGUACUGCUCCGGUGGGAAGGGAACGGUGCUCCAUGCAGUCAUGCCAGUGGCCACAUGACCUUGGAGGUGUCUAUGGACAACGCCGGCUCUUCGGCUUAGAAAUGGAGAUGACUGGACUUAACGUCAGGGGAAACCUUUACCUUAACAUUUCUAAACUUGACGUUGAAGUAGAAUCUUUUUCAUAACACUGGAGAUCUCCAAGUACAGGCAAAGGAUGCUGUGGUUGUAUUCCCGAUUGCGGCCUCCUACAAAGUGUGUAAGGAGUGCGUCAUCGAGGCAAGGGCUGGCAUGGGACAUAAACAACAGAAAGAACCCAGUGAACAAUCUGUGUCUCAUCUGCUCACAACGCUCCUUUUAUCUCCUCUUCCAAGCUUCUUUGCUUUCAAAGCUUCCCUUCUCGAUAUAGAGCAGCCAUGGCAUAGAAUCCCAGUUUGGGAAGUUGGGCUCACAACAGUCACAUGUGAUAUUUAUUGUGUCAGAAGCAAAUUGAGGGUACAGUUAUAAUGUAGUUUUUAAAGACUCAAAGAAAGUUAAAAACUUGGCAUCCACCCAGUCUUCUGUGUGCUGAGGAAGGAAUUUCUCAUCUGGUUCCGGGAUUUAGCCUGCCACUUUUGGACUCUCGCUUGCUGAGAGUAUCUAUAGAUCUUAGAAAGCUGUUUCUUGAUUAAAGGCAUUGGCAGGCUGGCUGAUAACUGAACAGUGCAUGGACCGGAGAUGUCACAGCUUUGGUCCUUUCAUUACUUGUUGGUGCUGCAAUAUCAGCUAAACAAUCUAUAUAUAUAAAAGGGUAAUGAAAUUUCGGCCUAGGACAAAACAACAAAACUACACAUCCCAGAAACACUAAACUUGGCAGCACAACCCCUCCUCCAUGCCUCUACGUUCAUACAACAAAAAGCUCCAACUACUCCAGAAAACGGCCAGGCUUUGAGACUGCAAGGCUAUUCACUGCUAUUCCACCUGGCCAACAAAGGAUUCCCAUAAGCCACAGCAACACGUGGCCGGGCAAAGCUAGUAUAUAUAUAUAUAAAAGGGUAAUGAAAUUUCGGCCUAGGACAAAACAACAAAACUACACAUCUCAGAAACACUAAACUUGGCAGCACAACCCCUCAUCCAUGCCUCUACGUUCAUACAACAAAAAGAAAAGAAAAAUAAAGUCCUAAUUAGAGGGAGAGGAAUAAUUGUUUUUAUCCAGUUGCUGCCAGUUAGAAGGCUAAGCUCCACCCACUUGGUCUGCUGUCAGUUAGAAGGCUAAGCUCCACCCACUUGGUCUCCUAGCAACCCACUCAGCCCAGGGCCACUUCAAUCAGGCCUCUUCCACACUGCCUAUAAAAUACAGAUUAUCUGAUUUCAGCUGGAUUAUAUGGCAGUGUAGACUCAAGAUGAGCACCAACCCCCAGAGUCAGACACGACUGGACUUACUGUCAGGGAAAAAACCUUUACCCUUUACCUUAACUACCACCAAUUCCUCAAUACUUUAUUUCCCAUACCACCAGACUUCGCCACAGCAACGCGUGGCCGGGCACAUCUAGUGUAUAAUCCUAAAUGUUAAAUCCUAGACCAAUGAUGGGCAACCUUUUGCACUUGGUGUGUCAAAAUUCACCAAAAAAAGCCCUAGCAUGACUUGGGUAGUGUGUCACUUUGAGAAAAAAAAACCCCAUAAUUUCGCAAUAACUAUAAAUAACUAAUAAAUCAAAAACUAUUUACUGUCAUUAUUUCCAUGUACAACAAUCUAUGGUACCUCUUGCGGUUUCCACGCUGAUUUUGCUCUAUUCUAGUUUCAAUGUAGUCAUGAAUAAUGAAUAAUGUAAUAGUAAUAAUAGGAUAAUAUACUACAAUAAUAAUAGAAUGAUAUAAUGAUAAUGUAAUGUGCAUAAUUCCCAUGGAGUAAACAACAAAACCACUGGACCAAAUCACACCGAAUUUGGCCACAAAAGAUAUAGUCAUCCAAUCAAUCUGCAUGCGGGAGCGUGUCAGCGAAAAUGGCUAGGCGUGUCAGUGCUGACACGCGUGUCAUAGGUUGGCCAUCACUGUCUUAGACGUUAAAAGGACCCACCCUUUAGUUUCAGAACUUUGACUAGCUCCUUUACUCAUCUACUCAUAUGUGUAGACUCAUAUAAUGCAGAUCAAUACAGUUAAAAUAUGAGUCUACACUGGCCAUAUAAUACAUAAACCAAGAACAAGAGGACUCAGGCUUAGCUUUUCAUUCUUAUGCAGCGUUGCCUGAACUGACCUUAAAGUAAACAACUUGUUCCUUGAUUCAUGUUGCAGUACAGAUGGCAUCUAAGACUCUAAAUGGAUUCUGAGAGUGAGAGUCUAAAACAGUUGUUUUCCCAAACUCUACACAUCAGCUUGCCCUCCAGAUAGACAGGCAUUUGGCUUCCAUCCUGAGUCUUCUCCUUUCUCAUUGUGUUUUCUUUGCUCCCUCUCCCCACUG